AUGAUGAAGAUAUUUUCUCCCCGCAACUUUGCAUGGCUGUUGAUCACCCUCUCGUUCUUUUCUGGCAUCCUGUCAGCUUACGUGUGGCUGUGGAAGGCAACGGAGAAGAGAAUAAUACGAGCUGAGGUAUCAACCCCAUCGACCCCGUCUCAGAUCCAUGUUCACCAAGUGCUGAGAAAGGAUGACGAGAGUUUGGAAUCAGCGAGGAGUAGCCUGAUGGCACAGGUUUCAGCCAAGCCGGUCGACAGGAGAGCGUCGGCCGUGGAGGUGCUCCCCUUCAAGGCCACGAUCGACCGAAGGCCAGCCCCCUUGGCAAGGCUCAAGGAGAGAACUAGGUUUGUAGGCUGCAGAGCGAUCAGCUACCUCGUCGUCUCUCCUUUCGUGACUCUGAACCUAAAUCACGACAUGUCCCGAGGCGCCAACUGCCGCGUCUCCAUCAGGUUCCCCAGCAUGCGGUACCUCGCGGACUUCAAGAACAGGCUCCCCAACCACCCCUGGGCUGUCCCCUCGGUGGACCCAGGGGGGCUCGGGAUCAGCUUCUCGGGUUCCCCCUCGGUCUCCCCAGUCUCCAGGGCACAGUUCCUAAUCGAGAGGCAUCACUCCUCUCGGCGGAACAAGUCAGGCUUCCCUAUCAGGCUAGAGUGCCUUCUCCCCUCGGAUGUGGAGUUGCUUACCUGCGAAAGUUUGAGCUCGCUCGACAGCGCGGCGCUGGUGUCUCAGUCCCUCGAGAGCGUCUGGCUCGAAGCUGAAUUCCCCCUGAAAGCCGGCAGCGCACUCCACACCAUCUCGUCUCGGUGGCCCUGGAGGGCCCUGCGAACCCACGACGACAACCUGACAAGAAUCUUCCAUCAAACGCGGGACAGGCCCGGGACGAGGAGGAGGACGACAACCCACGAGUCUCCCGUCGCGUUCAUCCAUGGGCCCGUUUGGAAUGAGAUCAGGUAUAGAGGAGUGAGCGACCUGGACCCUUUCAAGAGGUAUCCUGCGGGGGGUUACCACAAUGCAGCAGCUCUCAACUUGCUACACCUGGCGAGGAGCUCGAGCGAGUUCACCAUGAUGGUGGCUGUCCCUGCCGGGCAAUAUCAUCAGGCCGGUCAGUUCUGGGAGCAUUUCUUGUCGUUGUCCUCCUGCGACGUAGACCGAUGGGGCAUGACGAGAGAUUGCAAGAAGAAGGUGAAGGACUUGCUGGCAGCCCGCGCUAUCGUUGUGAAGAUUAUCGCCAUUCCUAUGUCUGCCCCGGUCUUUCAGCGGACGUUUCAGGCUGGGCAGAACGCGUUCGGCCACUGGGUUGUUGAACGGUAUGCGAGCGACUACGAGAUCAUGGUCUACCUCGACGCAGACGCUACUCUGAUUUCUCCCUCCGGGAAAUCGAUCACGCGCACCAUCAGGAAUCUCUUCUCGAGCCAACGAUCUUGCGCUCAGCGGCAGUUUGUGCUGGUGGAGCAACAGGCCUUCAGGGACAGGAGCACGAUCUCUGGAGGGCUGACCUGUAUCGACCAGCUGCAGCACAACGCGUCUCGGUGGAAUGCGAGCUACCAUCGCUGCGUCAGGGCUCUCGGAAAUUUAGCUGCUCACACAGACUCCCUGCUGGGGUUCGAGAUCCACGACGCCCUCGUCGAGACGACGCUGGGGCGGAGACGCUGUGCCUUGUGGAUGGCCAACAGCCCGGGUCUCGUCGACCCCGCCAAGCUGCUGGAGAUUCACCUGACGUCCAAGUCGCGCAAGUGCAAGUGCGGUUCCCCUCUGGAGGUGAGCGAGCCCCGGCUGCUGCUGCAGCGACAUCUGACGAGGAUUCACUCCGACCACUUCUGA